AAACUGCCAAUCGUAUGAUAUGCAGCUAAUAGCCAGAACAACACACUUCACGAAUCAGAAGAAAUGUAAUAUCUCACAGCACAGAAUAAAUGUAGAGAAGGCAGCCGUAUUUUGUUUGUGUUAAUGUAAAAUAGGCUAAGAGUGAGAACAGAAAAUGGAUCAAGGACAUUGAGAGAAAAUGUAAGGAUGCAUGAUGUAAAUACCGGGUUCCAGGAAAGAGAAAAGAGAGAGGUAUAAGAAGAAAUACGUGAAAACAAAAGUAACAAAACCGUUUUCCAAACAUAAAAUAUCUCUGCUGGUCGUAAAAUCCGUAGUGUGAUUGUAAGAAUAUCAUGUAUCACCAUAUAUAGACAUAAUGACAAUGUUUACAAGUGGACGCAAGGUGGACGAUGUCCGGUUAUAAGGAGCCUGUCCACUUUUAUCUGUGUAAGCUGAGACUGUAUCCUCCACACAAGUGGUGCAUGGUUUCAGGGAAAUGCAAGCACAGUGGGAGAGAAGAAAUAUCCCUGCUAGAGGGGAGAUAGUCUGUCCAACAGUCCCCGAACCAUAUUAAUUUCCCUGCAGCCUAGCCCUCCCUGCAAUGCUAAUUGACUAAAUGAAGCAGGUCUUGAUUUCCCAAGGUUCUGAAUCUCUGGUCCCCCAGGGAUUCUUUUAAAUUUAAACGGGUUUAUUUGUUACAAUCAGAGUUAUAUAUAUCCGGAGACUCAGCCUUAGUCUAGAGGACAGACACCAUGGCUGUUGAGGAAGAGAAAGCAGGUCACUAUGGGAAUUCCCCGUAGCAAGCGUAACUUCAGGGAAUCCGCGGUGAGGUAAUGGGUAUUCCGUACCGAGGGAGCAAGUAUUUUAUCAACUAGCAUGUUUUGGAUAGAUUCAGUGUAUGUGAGACAGCUACAGGCGACACUAUCAGCUGAACAGAUUCGACUUAGAGAGACUUGACAAGUGUGCUGUUACAUCAUUAAUCUCAUGGGGAACGUAUACAUAGUUCGUAAUACACAUUGAUUUCACGGUGGCAACGGAUUUCAUUUUCAAUUAUGUCCGAACCCGAGUCCACCUUCCUAUCCAUUGAGCCAGCAACGUCACCAACUCCACCGCCCCAUCAAGGCCGACGUCGUCCGGGGGUGCUGUUGUAUGCGAUUAUCGGAUUAUCGCUGACAGCCAAUGUUGUGCUGAUUGUCGUCGUGGCUGUCCAUGAGUUUAUGAAACCGCGAGAACAUCACCCCAGAACUGAGGGUUUACCCGCUCUGUCGAAUCGAAAGCAGGCGGCUGCUGAUCAAAUAUGUCUCACCUGUGAUCAACUUGGUCCGCUGGUCGAAUCCAAGGAUACGCUUUAUGACGUCAUAAGACUGCCAUCGGGACAUGCGCUGUGUUGUCAGAGACAGAAGAAUGACGUCACAACGUUAUUCCAAAAGAUAAUCAGUGACGAAUACUACAGAAGGUCCACAGGCAGGGAGCCGGGUGACCUCCUUAAAGGGUUGCGGGAAGAGAUAUGGAGUCGUCCCAGGGAGUCGACGUGGGCUCACCGAUAUCUGGUGCCAGACAGAGAUUCACCGCCAACAUGGACGACGAGCGACCCCUACAAUACGUCUUUCUGUUCCAACGUCGAAUGUGAUGGGGACAAAGUCGUCGUGGCAGCAGCAGGUCUGUACCUGGUGUACUCACACAUCACCUUCACCACGUUGCCAACAUCCUCAGACACACCCUUCCUGCACAUGAUACGGCGACAGAACCCUAACCUCCCUGGCCUCGGAGAGAAAUCCAUACUCAUGUCUAAAACGUCCUUCCGGUUGACAGUAACUCCGCAGCAAACGUCCUUCCUGUCCGCCAUUGUGAAGCUCCGCAAACAAGAUCGCCUCCAUGUGGUGGUGUCGAACAAUUAUUAUGAUUUAGUUGAGAAAAGGAGAUUUUCAAAUUAUUUUGGUGUUAUAAAAAUGUAAAUAUGAUUUUAACCUGUUUUUUCAAGCUGUUUUUUUCAUAAUGGCUGUCUAAAGCACAGUAUUACAACACUAAUAUUUUCGUAUCUGGAAGCAAAGCAAUAGGUGGCUACGCAAAUUCUAUCGUUUGAAUGUAGAUAUAUGCAUAACGGCAUUGUUCCUGGUGAUGUGUAUUGGACAAGACAAUCCAGAAGAAACAGUCACUUUCAGGAAUACAGUGCCACAACCGUCGGAUGUAAACUGUGACAUGAGUAAAUUUAUGUCAACGGAUACGCGUCGAAAGUUCCAGUAGGUGUGAUAUAUCUCACUAGGCAGCAACUAGUAUGAAGUAUUUUAACAUUGAAGCCUUUUUAAGUCGAACUCUGUUGUCCCGAUAUCUCAAAAGAGAUGUUUCGUGUUGGUACUGUUUAAGUCCUCGUCGACUAUGUUUUAAUGUCACUCCUCUGUAAUUGAAGUUCGGGUAAUUCGAAUAGUUAUUAUAUCCUGGGAGUCCGUUUUAAUGAGGUGUCAUUGUUAAAGUACGUUCAUGUUCUAUAUUGUAGAUGUGUUCAUUGUGAAAUGCAGUUUCAAAAUGUAAAAACAAUAAACUGGUAUGUUUUUA